CCACAGUGAUGCCAUCCUUGUCCACUACCACAAAUAUCAUUACUACAUUCCCUAUCACUAACACUUCCAUCCCCUGGACAGGGGUCACUGCACCACUCAUAGACACGUCCGAGGAAAGCCAGUCCCAUUGGCUGCUGCUAUUAAUCUUAAUGUUGAUAAUCUUGUUCAUGGCUGGAUUCUGUAUGCUGAUGAAAAACGGGGCAAAGAAAACCUUUUUAAAAUGGCAUGGUUUAAUAAACAGAGGACAUGAAGAUCAUCAACUCUUGAGUCAAACUGCAGGUGAUCAUCAAAUUUCGUCCAAUUCCCAAUCCCACACCUUGGAGAUAGAGAUACCUCUCGGCAGUGAUGACAGAGAGGUCAAAGGUCAGAGUACGGGGCUGACGCCCCAAUCUGGGGCUGUGCAGCAGGUCACAAUGGAGCACAAUGGGAAGGGUGAGAACGUCAGCAAUACUGUUGGGUCCAUCUACAUCUACUCUCCUGGAAUGGUGAUUUUGGGCUCCAACUCGGGUGAUAAAAAGGAAGAGGCAGGAGUUUGCGAAGAAGGCGUUCCCCUCAUCAGCAGACCACAGCAAGAGUCAAAUCCACCCUCGCAAGAGAUCAGAAUAAAAAUAAGUGCACAGGAAGAGGCCGAGGAGGAACUGAACUUGAGUUUUCCUGUGCCGGCAACUGGAAAGUGAGAACUCGAAUGUGGUUUCUUGCAUCUUUCAUGAUGGCCUUUAGGAAGAUUCCAGGUUUGAAUCACAAGGCUGAAAAUCACAAGUGGCCAGAUAUAAGAUUCCUGGUAAAGCAUAACAUCAGCAAUGGCCAAGUCAUGGUUUCAGUUCCAGAGAAACAUGUACGCUGGCAAAAUGUACAGGCUACCUUGAUUGCACUGUAUGUCGAAUACGGAAUGCGCAGAUGUACAAGAUGGAAAACGCUGAGUAAUAACUUUUGCUUUCUUGCACAUCAAGGAAAAGAUUUAUGCUUAAUUUAAGUUGGUCAGUUUUUUGAAAUGCACUUGUCUGAAUUGCUGCUGCAGCGAAAAUGAGAAAAACACAUGCAUGAAGACUGUGUACAGGAGGUACAGACGAAAGGGUGAGAAAAAUGCCCUCAAAGGUGUUAUGAGUUUUCAAAAUGAAUAUCCUAUAAGACAGAGGCAGCAUAACUGAAAUGCACAUGAUGUGUAUGAAUUGUUUUAUUGUUUAAGCGAGUAGUUGAGAACCUAACAUCUGCGUCUGUAUGUUUCUAAUCAGACUUUUGUUCUACUAUGUGGGUGUUUCAUAUGCAUGUCUAAAAAUACCCAACCUCACCUUCGGAAAGAAGGUGUCUGAUUUGACUGUUGUAGGAGGUCUGGUCGGGACAGACUGUGUUUACAGCACAUGUUCAGAAUGACAUUUCUU